GUUUCUACUUUCUAGUUUCUUCGUGAAGAAAUGGAGCGCUAUAAAACCCCCUCUAUUUAGGGUUUCAGCUUCAAUCUAACGCGUUCAGUGAAGAGAAAGUCGUAGCCAUGGGGAGGAGACCCGCUAGGUGUUAUCGACAAAUUAAAAACAAGCCAUACCCCAAGUCACGGUUUUGCCGUGGUGUUCCUGAUCCCAAGAUCAGGAUUUACGAUGUCGGUAUGAAGAAGAAGGGUGUGGAUGAGUUCCCUUUCUGUGUCCACCUUGUUAGUUGGGAGAAGGAAAAUGUCUCAAGUGAGGCACUGGAAGCUGCUAGGAUUGCCUGCAACAAGUAUAUGGCAAAGUUUGCCGGAAAGGAUGCUUUCCACUUGAGAGUCAGGGUUCAUCCAUUCCAUGUUCUUAGGAUCAACAAGAUGCUUUCAUGUGCUGGAGCCGAUAGGCUUCAAACUGGAAUGAGAGGUGCAUUUGGAAAGCCACAGGGGACAUGUGCUAGGGUGGCCAUUGGGCAGGUCCUUCUUUCUGUUCGCUGCAAGGACAGCAACAGCCAUCAUGCACAGGAGGCUCUCCGUCGUGCUAAGUUCAAGUUCCCUGGUCGUCAAAAGAUUAUUAUCAGCAGGAAGUGGGGAUUCACCAAGUUUAGCCGAGCUGAUUAUCUGAAAUUCAAGUCAGAGAAUAAGAUUAUGCCCGAUGGUGUGAAUGCAAAGCUCCUUGGGUGCCAUGGACCAUUGGCUAAUCGUCAACCUGGAAGAGCAUUUUUGCCUUCCAGUGCAACCGCCUAGUUAUUGAGUCUGUUUAUCUGGAAAAUACUGAACAAUAGUUUUGAAAGAUUGAAGUUGUGUUUGUCACUUUCCAUUUGUAUUGUAUUAGAACUAUGUCGGUUUAUUUCAGCUUUGACAUCACCUUGAAUGGAAUUAUAUUUCGUA